AUGUAUAGAUUUGAUGGGAUUGAGACAAUUAAAUACUGUAGAUUAUCUGGGUCGCAAAAUUUGAUUAGUGAUGUGAUGAUGGAGCUCUUUGUGUAUAUGCAGGUUGGUAAUGAGUUGGGAGCUGGGAAGCCAUACAAGGCCAAGCUGGCUGCAAUGGUUGCAUUAGGCUGUGCAUUUGUUAUAGGGCUCAUCAAUGUGACAUGGACAGUGAUCUUGAGAGAGAAGUGGGGUGGUCUAUUCACAAAAGAUGAGAUGCUCAAAGCCUUGGUUGCAUCAGUUUUGCCACUCAUAGGGCUAUGUGAGCUUGGCAACUGUCCACAAACAACUGGCUGUGGCAUCCUACGUGGCACCGCCCGGCCGGUCGUGGGUGCCAAUAUCAACCUCGGUUCGUUUUACUUCGUGGGCACUCCAGUGGCUGUUGGGUUAGCCUUUUGGCUCAAGGUUGGGUUCAGCGGCUUGUGGUUCGGGCUCUUGUCGGCUCAAGCCGCAUGUGCCAUUUCAAUUCUUUAUGUUGUGUUGGUUCGUACGGAUUGGGAAAGUGAGGCUUUGAAGGCCAAGAAGUUUACUGGCUUGGAGAUGACAGAAAUAUGUGACAAUGAUGAAGAGAAGAAAGGGUUCUUAGUUAAAGAAAAUGAAGCCAUUGAUACCCUGUUUGAGGGAGACACAGAGAAUAUGUGGCAUGAAUAGCUUUUGGAUUUCUUUUGGUUGUUUAGUUGCUUUAUGAAGAGGUGGCACUUA